AUGUCGGAUCCUAUCUCCUCCCUCCCUUCGACCUGGGACGCCUGCGAUUCGUGGGUCGCCUCCCUGAAGGAGACUGUCUCGUCGGUGCCUCUUCUCACCGGGGCUUCGAACUAUCUCCCUUGGGCCGAGACGCUCCAGUUUGCCUUGUCUGGGGUACGUGGGUGUCUUUGUCUGCUAGACGAGCCCCCUGCCUCCUACCUUCCCUCCAAAUCGAACCCUACUCCUUACACCACCUCUCUUCCCGCAGCGAUCUGGAAGCACCUCGACACUGCUCUCGCUCAUGCUCUCGUGCGUUCCCUCAGCCCCGACCUCGUUCCUCUAUUCCAGUCUAUCGUCCUCGGUCAUCCCUCUUGCGCCGCCCGGACCCUCUGGCUCAAGCUGGAGGCCGAUUACGGUACGCCAUCCUCCUACGACCUGUGGCAGUCUGUCCAGGCCCUCUCCUCCCAGCCCCAGGGCUCUACUCCGGUGACGGAGUUCAUGACGUCCCGCAAGCAGAAGUUUGAAGCGCUCAAGGCUGCCGGGUACGACUUCGAUCGGUGGUUCUGGACACUCUUGUCGCCGAUCUUGCUCCUCAUCUCGGUCCCACUGUUCGCGGUCUCGACUGUGCUACCUUGA